AUGUACUAUAUAGAGAAUACAAUAGCUGACAGCGGAAAAUUGCGCCAAAAUGCGAAAUGUCAGGUAGUUCAAAAUGGAAAGUUGGCUCAAAACGGGGCGCCUCACAAGUGCAAAAGGAUUUUGGAUUCUUCAUUAAAUUCAGAGCCACCAGCAGUGUGUAUUGAAAAUAUUUUAGAAAAUGUUCCUGGAUCGUCGGGUUUGCUAAAUACACAAGACCCUAGUGCCGGACUGAAUAUACAACAUACAAUCACCAAAAGAGUUGCAACCCAGGAGAAAACUUCUUCAAAAAAGAGAAGAUACGACGAAUCCUACUUGUCCUUUGGAUUUGUUCCUGUGGGAAUGACUGAGAACUCGGAUGGACAAUGUGUGAUUUGCAACAAAAUAAUAAGUAAUAGCUCACUGGUACCUGCAAAGCUUAAACGACAUCUUGACACGAACCACCCAGAACUGAAAGAUAAAAGCGUCAGCUUUUUUGAAAGACACAAAGAAGUGCGUAGAACUGGUGCAGCUGCUAUACAAAAAUUUGUAAAGACCGAUAAUGAAAAUGCAACAUAG